AUGGCGACUGCACAGGUAGCUGAGCAGACGGGCUCUGAGAGACCUUUCUUUCCUGACGAACCUUUCAAACCACACAUGCGUACUGCAAUUCCCGGUCCGGAGAGUAAGAAGGCCAUCGAGGAUUUAGACAAGGUCUUUGAUACGAGAAGUCUGAACAUGAUGGUCAAUUACCAGAACAGCUUUGGAAAUUACAUUGCCGAUCUGGAUGGGAACGUCUUGCUUGACGUAUAUGCACAAAUCGCUUCAAUACCAGUAGGCUACAGUAACCCGACACUGCUUGCAACCGCAACUUCGCCAGAGAUGGCCAGCGCAAUCAUCAACCGCCCAGCCCUAGGCAAUUUCCCCCAGCACGACUGGGCAGAAAUCCUCCGGACUGGCGUCCUUAAAGUUGCACCAAAAGGUCUUGACCAGGUCUUCACAGCAAUGGCAGGUUCCGACGCCAACGAGGUGGCAUACAAGGCCGCUUUCAUGUGGAAACGCCGCCAAGAACGUGGUGGCGCCGAUGUUGAAUUCUCUGCCGAAGAGAUAUCCUCGGCCAUGAAUAAUAAGUCUCCCGGCUCUCCUCACAUGUCAAUCCUUUCCUUCAAAUCCGCCUUCCAUGGUCGCCUAUUCGGAAGUCUUUCUACUACUCGCAGCAAACCAGUUCACAAGCUCGACAUCCCAGCCUUCGACUGGCCUCAAGCGUCAUUUCCUCUCCUCAAGUACCCUCUUGCGGAGAAUGCAAGUGAGAACGCGGCCGAAGAGGCACGCUGCCUUGCCGAGACCGAAGACCUGAUCAAGACCUUCCACAAUCCUGUUGCAGCUGUAGUAGUCGAGCCUGUCCAGUCCGAAGGCGGAGACAAUCACGCCUCUCCAACAUUCUUCAGGGGCCUUCGCGAAAUCACAAGACGACACGACGUUAUGUUCAUCGUUGACGAGGUACAGACUGGUGUUGGUGCGACGGGGAAGUUCUGGGCGCACGACCAUUGGAACAUGGCCGACCCACCGGAUAUGGUCACGUUUUCGAAGAAAGCUCAAACGGCCGGCUACUACUUCGCAAACCCCGAUCUCCGACCUAAUAAACCAUACCGUCAAUUCAAUACCUGGAUGGGAGAUCCAGCCCGAGCCAUCCUCUUCAGAGCCAUCAUUCAGGAAAUCGAGAGACUCAACCUGGUGGAAUCCACUGCCCAAGUUGGCGAGUACCUCUACUCGGGACUUGAGAGACUGGCGGAGCGCUAUCCCAACGAGAUUCAGAAUCUGCGUGGGAAGGGCCAGGGCACAUUCCUUGCAUGGGACAGCCCUAGGAGGGAUAACACUUUGAAGAGGGCGAAGGGGUUGGGAAUUAACAUUGGAGGCAGCGGAGAGAGGGCCGUCAGGUUGAGGCCAAUGUUGGUUUUCCAAAAGCAUCAUGCGGACAUCCUCCUUGAGGCGACUGAAAAGCUGGUUUCGACAUGA